AUGGAUUGGUGGCCAUGUUUGAGUAAGAAUCUACUCUGUCCGAAAUUCCAGCAAGUAAUUAAUCAUUCCAGUUGCCCUUCUGCUCUAUCUUGUGAAGACAAAGUCAUAAAUGGAGUCCUAGAAGGGAACUUUGGAGUGAGUGAUGCCAAUCGAGAGACAUGGACUGAUGAUCAUGUCGUUGCUCUAGAUGUUGUGUCACUUUGGGCGUUAUUUUGA